ACAGACCAUAGUGGACAAAACAAGGAUAGGAGAGUAUCAUCAUGCUUCGCCUUGCUUUCCUUGCCGUUUGUAUCUUUGGCCUAGCCAAAGCUUAUUACCAGAACGACUGGGAUCGCCCUCAUCAUUUCCAGUGUCCCAAAGGACAGUACGUCACUUCCGUUCACAGUAUCCAUGACAACGGAAAAGAAGACCGACGCUGGGAGCUUAAGUGUGGCGGUGAAUGGGUGACUGAGAAUUGCGUAUGGAGUA